UUAUCACACCAUCAUCCUAAUAGGGUCAGCACACUGAAUUUAUUAUCACACCAUCAGCCUAGUAGGAUAAGCACACUGAAUUUAUUAUCACACCAUCAUCCUAGUAGGAUAAGCACACUGAAUUUAUUAUCACACCAUCAUCCUAGUAGGGUAAGCACACUGAAUUUAUUAUCACACCAUCAUCCUAGUAGGGUAAGCACACUCAAUUUAUCAUCACAUCAUCAUCCUAGUAGGAUAAGCACACUGAAUUUAUUAUCACACCAUCAUCCUAGUAGGAUAAGCACACUGAAUUUAUUAUCACACCAUCAUCCUAGUAGGGUAAGCACACUGAAUUUAUUAUCACACCAUCAUCCUAGAAGGAAAAGCACACUGAAUUUAUUAUCACACCAUUAUCCUGGUAGGGUAAGCACACUGAAUUUAUUAUCACACCAUCAUCCU